UUCUAAAAAAUAAAUAAACAAAAGGCGAAAAACACCAAAACGACAAAGGAAAGAACGCAAAACAUUAUGUAGAAUGCCACGUCAUCAAUCUCAACACACGUGUGGUUCGCUUUCCUGAAUCGCUACGACUUACGGUUGCAGGAAAACGGAACCACUUCCUGUCUCUUUCGUUCCCUCACAUAUAAAUACCGUUCCCUUGUGCUUUUUCAUUCUCUCGCUCCUCUCGCUCUCUAUACAGCAAAUAACGAAAAACCAAAAAACCCAAAAAAAUAAAUAAAUAAAUUCCUUUUUUUAGAUCGAAAACACUAACCCUAAUUAUAUUCUCUAUCUCUAACCAAACCUAUAUUCUCUAAUUUUCUCACUAUUUCUUAAUUUUUUUUCUGCUUGAUUAUUCUUUGAAAGUAGAGUGAUGGCGGUUGCGGCAGCGGUUGCGGCUUCGGCUACAGCAAAUGCAAGUUCAGUGCCUGCUACGCCCACUGCGGCUGUUUCUGCUGUGACAGGCGUUGCUGUGCCGUUUGUGAAUGCGUCUCUCUACGUCGGAGAUCUGGAGCAUAAUGUGAAUGAGGGACAAUUGUAUGACCUGUUUAGCCAGGUAGCGCAGGUCGUAUCUGUUAGAGUUUGUAGGGAUCAGGCAAAGCGAUCCUCGCUCGGUUAUGCUUAUGUCAAUUUCAGUAAUCACCAAGAAGCUGCAAAUGCCAUGGAGGCUCUGAAUUUCACUCCUUUGAAUGGGAAGCCUAUAAGGAUUAUGUUUUCUCAUCGAGAUCCUAGUAUUAGAAAAAGUGGAUAUGCCAAUGUUUUCAUCAAAAACCUGGAUGCAUCAAUUGAUAACAAGGCAUUGCAUGACACUUUUGCUGUCUUUGGGGCAGUCCUUUCUUGCAAGGUAGCCAUUGAUAACAAUGGUCAAACCAAAGGGUAUGGUUUUGUACAGUUUGAAAAUGAGGAUGCUGCACAAAAUGCAAUCAAACGGUUGAAUGGUAUGUUGUUAAAUGAUAAACAAGUUUAUGUUGGACUUUUUGUUCGACGCCAAGAAAGGAUUCAGGGUAAUGGAUCACCAAAGUUUACUAAUGUUUAUGUUAAGAACUUGUCUGAGACAACAACUGAUGAGGACCUCAAGAAAAUUUUUGGCGCUUAUGGUACCAUUACCAGUGCAGUUGUUAUGAAGGACCAAGAUGGGAAGUCCAGGUGUUUUGGUUUUGUUAACUUUCAGAAUCCAGAUUCUGCUGCUGCAGCUGCUGAGAAGCUGAACGGGGCCACCAUCAAUGAUGACAAAGUUUUGUAUGUUGGGAGGGCCCAAAGGAAAGUAGAAAGGGAAGCAGAGUUGAAAGCCAAGUUUGAGCAGGAAAGAAUUAGUAGAUAUGAAAAACUAAAAGGUGCAAAUUUGUAUCUGAAAAAUCUUGAUGAGAACAUUAAUGAUGAAAAGCUGAAAGAUUUAUUUGCUGAGUUUGGGUCUAUAACAUCAUGCAAGGUCAUGCUUGAUCACCAAGGGCUGAGUAAGGGCUCUGGUUUUGUUGCCUUUUCUACUCCAGAGGAAGCUUCAAGAGCUUUGAAUGAAUUCAACGGAAAGAUGAUUGGAAGGAAACCUCUUUAUGUUGCUGUUGCCCAACGCAAAGAAGAAAGGAAGGCACAAUUUGCUCAAAUUAGAGCUCCUGGUGGAUUGUCACCUUUGCCUUCUGGAAUUCCUGGAUACCAUCCGGGGGCACCGAGGCUUGCACCACAGCAACUUUACUUUGGUCAAGGGACUCCUGGUAUGAUUCCACCUCAGCAUGCAGGUUAUGGCUUCCAGCAGCAACUGAUGCCGGGAGUCCGCCCUGGUGUCACUCCAAAUUAUAUCAUGCCAUAUCACCACAUUCAAAGACAGGGACAACCUGGGCAGCGAAUGGGAAUGCGGCGUGGGGGCAACCCCCACCAGAUGCAACAGCAUCAGCUUUUGCACCGUAACAACAAUCAAGGUUUAAGAUACAUGGGCAAUGCAAGAAAUGGCAGAGACUCAUCAUCUGUUCCACAAGGUCUAGUGGGACCAGUGAUGCCAUUGCCCUUUGAGGUCUCAGGAAAUCCUAUUGAUAUUCAGCAAUCAGUUACCAUUUCAACUCUUGCUUCUGCUUUGGCAUCUGCUUCCCCUGAGACACGUAAUGAGAUGCUGGGUGACCAUCUUUAUCCACUUGUGAAGCGUCUUCAGCCAGAUCAUGUGGCGAAGGUGACUGGGAUGUUAUUGGAGAUGGAUCAAACAGAGGUACUGCAUCUCAUAGAGUCCCCAGAUGCUCUGAAAAAGAAGGUGGCUGAAGCAAUGCAAGUCCUCCGAGAAGCUGGUGCUUCUCCAGUCGGAGAUCAGCUAGGCUCAUUGGGACUGACUGAAUGAACUGCGUUUUUGACCGGGCUAGAUGACCAGGCAUUAUUUUGGUGGGUAUCAUCUUUAAACCUAUUUUUCUAGGAUCAAUUUUGUUGAGCAAGGUUACGUUGCUGAAUUAUUUUAGGCUUUUAAUCUGGAUUUAGAGAGAUUUUGAAGGAUAUUCUUUUUAGGCUUUUUCUUGGUAUUUUCUGUUUCUUUAGGUUAUUUUUAUGACUUAUUGGAAUUUAAUAUAUUAAACAUAGAUGUGACUUUGGAUAUUUAUUUAUUAUGAUUCUUGGUAUUUUUAGAACAAAAGUGGUUAUAGUUAUUUUUA